GUUCCUCAGAGUUAUACAAUUAAAGCAGCGACGACUCCAUCCUACAGUACAGUCUUAAACAAUUCUGGGACUGCAGAAAAGACCACAAAUCUCUACGCCAACUCGCCAACUCCAUUUUCAGCCCCACCAGAGAAGAAUGUAUUCUCAAGAUCUCACGGGUCCACUGAUAAAUUCUACAAGAAUGAUAACAACUUUUACCAGAACAGCGACCACUUGUACACCAAUGAGAAGAAUUUUUAUUCCAAUAUCGGGAACAUAGCUACACCUCAGGUACCCGUCGACGACAGAUCGAGACAUGCCACGAGAAAUGCUGUUUACAGUAAUAUAGAGGCUCCAGUACCAAUUCCAAUUCCAGUGCCAACUCCUAUUGUUCAUAAAGAGAAGGAUAUAAUUUACAGUAAUAUUCAAUGGAACAAUAAGCCUGAAAAUACUUACUCCAACAUUCCCAGUCAUGACGAUCUUCCCCCUCCCCCAGGACCAACAGAGUACAUAUCCUGUGUCUCAGGAAAUUUUCCGCCGCCUCCAGAGGAGUUGCCACCCCCGCCCUCGCCAGUGUCAUCGAGCUACUCAGAGUUACGUAGAGCAACAUAUCAACCAGAGUAUCCCUCGAACUACCCAGACUUGUACGGUCCAAGUUCGCAGUCAUCCUCGACGUACGAGUCCAUCUACGAGCCUAUUAACCCCAGACCACCAUCCCAGCUGUCCUGCAAUUACUCAAUGUACUCUGGUUACGGUUCAGCAACCUCUACCCAACCCCCCAGCAAAGUAUCCCCAGUAAAAGAGGUGGACACGCUGACAGAUCUGUUGGUCCAGGGAAUGGAGGACAAUCAGGACGACAUCUAUGGAAUUUGUGCCCAGUGUGGUGAGAAAGUCGAGGGAGAGGGCAAUGGUUGUUCAGCCAUGGACAAGGUCUUUCACAUCAACUGCUUCUCCUGCUUCGUCUGCCAGGUCAAUCUCCAGGGUAAACCAUUCUAUCCCGUCGAGGGUAAGCCCUACUGCGAGGACGAUUACCUGAAUACCCUGGAGAAGUGCUGUGUAUGCACGAGACCUAUUCUGGAUAGAAUUCUCAGGGCAACUGGAAAACCCUAUCAUCCCUCUUGCUUCACCUGCGUUGUCUGUGGACAGAGUCUCGAUGGUAUUCCCUGCACCGUCGAUGCA